GGGAGAUGAAUUCCGAACGGAUUAUGGAAGAUUAGCAGAGCUGAGAAGCAUUUUACCAAAAGCUGGUAUGCUGGCUUUGACAGCCACGGCUUCACCAAAUUCCCGAAUGUUAAUAAAGAAAAAGCUCUGUAUGGAACAAGCAAGUGUGAUUGUCGGAAACUGUAACAGACAAAACAUUACCCUAAAUUGUGUUAAAGCACCAUAUGAUCCUAAAGCAGCAUUCCUGUGGUUAGUUGAACGCCUUAGGACAGAAAAGCAGCAGUAUCCAAAGACUGUCAUAUAUUGUCGCAGCAUAAAAUCAUGUUCACUUUUAUUUAAACUGUUUACAGAUAUUAUGGGAGACCUUGCAUAUUGUGGAACUAAAUGUGCAAAAAACCGGUUAUUUGCCAUGUAUCACCAUUCAACCUCAACAAAAUGUAAGAAGAUCACCAUGGAUAACUUUCCAAAUCCUGACAGUACUUGUAGGAUUGUAAUUUGCACCUCAGCUUUCGGCUUAGGAGUCAAUGUGCCCAACAUCAAUAUGGUUAUUCACUGGGGGGCUUCAAUGUCUAUUGAAGGGUUUAUGCAGGAAUUCGGAAGGAGUGGUCGGGAUGGAGGAAGUGCUAUGUCUGUUUUGUAUUAUCAUGGAAUGGACAUUAGCAAAACUUCAACAGAUGACAAGAUGAGGUCAUAUGCAACUGCAGAUACCUGUCGGCGUGUUUUGUUACAAGAACACUUUACUCCAGAUGUCAGCAUUAAUAUGCAAAUUCAUCCACAACAUUUAUGUUGUGAUAAUUGCUACAGAAACUGUAAGUGCUCAAAUUGUCCAGAUUUACAUACUGCCCUUCUUUCAGACUUAGAAGAAGAUAAUGAUUUGUGUGCAGCAGCUUCAACAGUGGUGUGUCAUGUUGUGUCGGAAUCUCAACAAAAAGAAAUUUCCGUCAACCUACACGAAUAUAGACAAAUGCUGGUAGAGGAGAACAGUGUUCCAUCUCUAUUGAACACAGAUAUUUCAACUGGACUCAGUGUUUCAUUGAUUGACUCCAUUACGAACAAUGUUCAAUAUAUAGGUAGUAUAGAGGACCUAUUGUCAGAGUACAUAUUUGAUCAAAGGAUUGCAAGUUCAGUGAUGGACAUUCUUAAUCAAACGCUUGGUGAUUAA